UCUUUAACAAGUCCUAUAUCCCAAUUUCAACCCUGUCAAUCCAUCGCCUGUCCUUUCUCUCCGGGCUUCUCCCCCGUGUGAGGCCCCACAAUCAAAAUGGCCGUCGGCCGAGGCUCCGAUACAAUUCAGUGCCGACUAGUCAGAGCGGGGCUAUUACACGGUGCACACCACGACCAGUGCUCCAUUCACUAAAUUAAAUCACAUUUAUAAUACUCUCACAAAACUUGCCAUAUCCUCCCCGGUGCCUCCUUAACACGAAAAAACUGGUGACUUAUUAAAAUGAGUGGUUAUUUAAUUGCGGAAUUCGCAGCGAUUUGUAGGUUGUGUCUCAAGCAAGAUGGAGUCAUGAGCUGUAUUUUCAAUAAUGUAAUGGACACAGGAGAAUUCGAUCCUCUGGCGGCUAGGAUUACGGAAUUUUUUCACGUGCAGCUCUAUGAAAACGAUGGUCUCCCCUCAAAAAUCUGCCACCGCUGCCUCUACAAGACUGAAAAAACCACCAAAUUCCGCCAACAAUGUCUAGUAAACGAAGCAAAACUUCUACACCUCGUACAACUACAAAACGAAGAAAACGAAAACAAACUGAAACAAGAAGGCCUCUCCAACGACCCAUCAUCCUGCAGCCUCAGCGAAGAACUGAAACAAAGACUACAAGCUAACCAAGUCGAUAUCACUGGCCAAUAUAAUAAUGUAACGAUAACAAAAAUAAACAAUCAACCUACAAAUGAAACAAUUAACAAAGUAGAUAAUUUAGUUAUGGUAGUCGAUCCAGCUUUAGAUUACAAUUCUUCUGAUGAAUCAGAAGGUGGGCACAGCGAUGGUGAUGACCAGGCUGUUGAUAAUGCGAGUCAGGAGACUGAGUUCAAUACGCUUCUAUGUGUAAAUAUUGUGAUAUUGCUUUUAAGGAGGAGGAUACUUGCCAUCAGCACGAG